UAAUCUCAUCUUGGCCUCAAGGAAAUAAUAAUCACAAGACAAUGUUUUUCUAACUGUUUGUUUAAAUUGAAUUUGAUUUCAAGCACUGUCAAAUGCAGAAAUUUCCGGAAAAGACAUUUGUUAUCAUCAUAAUCAUGAGCCAACAGUAAUUGAAAAACUUUGAAAUCAAAACAUACGAACCAGAUAUGUGUCCACUUGGUUGAAUUGGACACACACGCACACUUUUAAUAAAACUUUUUAAUCAAAAAAAAUUGUUUACCGUGAAUUCGGUAACUUAAAAAAAAAGAAAUAUUGAAUUUAAGAGCAAACAAACAUACGUGUUGCCCGAAAUAUCGUCAUAUUGACUUAUGAUAAGAUUGUUUGUCUGUUAUUACAUGUUAUGUCGGCAUAUACAAAUGGUCUAAGAUCAUUGUGCGCAUCGUUCCAACAAAACAAAAAAAAAGAAUUUGGCUUGUUUUAUCAUUAUGAUUAUGGUGGUGGUCAUAGUAUUCAUUUGUAUGAUAAUCAUCUCUAUACAAUACGACGAUUUGAUUCUCUCAGGUAUUUAUUUGAUGAAUUUGCCCAACAAUUUUUUCAUUUCAAUCGUGUACGAAUUUCUUUCAAUGUGCUUUCCAGUGGCAUCCAUUUUUUCUCCAGAUUUCUUUGUUCCAAACUUUAAAAUCUACAAUUUUUCGAAAAAUAAAAUUUAGAAUCAUUGUUCUGUUGUGUCGUCAAAAAUAAUCGAUAAAUUAUUGAAAUUGGUUAGAGCUUUUUCAAUUAUACGCCAUACAGUUGCUAUAUGACAAUGAAUCGUUUGAUAUUGACCUCUACUUUCACUAUGAUCAUAUUCGAAUUGAUCAUGGCCAUGGGCGAUAGUACAAAUAAAUUUGGUGGACCAUUGUUUGUAGAAGGAUCAUUGAAUGAUGUGAAUAAACUAUGGAAAUGUGCUGAUGUUAUAUCCAAUCGUAGGCUAUUUUCUGCUGCUGUUCGUGGAGAAUUGGUCAAUCGCAAAAUGAAAGGUGAUCAAAAAAUACGUCGAUUUAUUGAGAAUUGUAUCAAAUGGGGUGAUGGUUGGCGAUUCAAAAAAGAUGGCACAUCUUUAAAUUUCCGAUUUCCAUCAUCAUCGUUAUCGAUGACAGAUUAUAAUGACAAUGCUAAUGGAUCAUUAGAUGCCAAAAUUGAAUCGGUAAUCAAUGAUCAUAAAUGAACAUCAACAAUCAACAUAUAGCCAUUUGGUAAUGCUUCAAUAUUACGUUUUCUAUUAUUCGAAAAUUUUAUGAAAAAUUUGUCAUUGAUUCAGCCGAAUACCAAAUGAUCGAUUCUCUCUGAUGGAUAGAAAUGGCAAUAAAAAUAACCUAUAAAAAAUGUUCUUUUUUUCUUCAUACUCAAAUGAAAUAAAUUUUUUC